AUGGAAGACAGAAGAGGAAUAGCAGACCAGAAGCGGCCAAAAAACGGCCAGGAAACCGAAGACGAUCAAGCUUGGGGAGACAAUCCGGAUGGUCCCGGUUUCAAGCGAUUCGAUAAAUCAUUCCUGCCACAAGCUCCAUGGACCUCGAUAAAAUCCGCAGAAUGGCCCCCAAGACCAAAUAAUACCGUAAAGAUCAUCCAACUUGGUCCUCUCGUAUCGAAAGUAAAUGCAAAAUUGGCCUACCAAGUGUGGAAGUUGGCCGAUGACACCCUGGGAAAAGCAUGGAAAGAUCGCCCCGAUCACAACCCCUCUCCCGAAGCAGAGGAGCCAGGACUGGCCCGUAACGUGUACGAGCAUCUGAUGGUUUUUGCAAUCUUGCCUUUGAAUCGAGACGAAGCCAAGGUGCUGUUUGCAGAAGAGGGCUUGAAGAAAACAUGGGACACUGCGGCCAUGAUUGCAUCGAUGAAAGCCGAGAUCAUAGCCGAUAGUUCGAUCCGCGGAGUCGCCAACUGGAGCACUAACGCCCUGAAAGCCGAAUUGAAAGAAAGAGAAUUAUCGAAAGUUGGAAAGUCCGAAGAGCUUCAGCAGCGACUCAUUGAUGAUGAGGUGCAAAAACGCUGCGGUGUCAUGUCUGUCUCCAACCUGUCACACUUAGGGAUCAAGCGCAGCAACAAGUACAUCUUACAGCCAGCGACCAAUAAAGCCAUGACUCCGAUCGACAUGUACACUUUUGCAAUCCACCUCAGUCCUUACAAUCCAGCCUACUGGCUUAGUCGAGCUUACUGCCAUUACCAACAAGGGUUUUUCGAUCUGGCGCUUGGAGACGCCUAUCGCGCGCAGAUCCUCUGUAAUACUAUCGAACAGGCCCAGGAUCGCUUCUCGAAAGAUGGAUUACACACGCAGAUCCACCAUGCAAUGGAGCAGCAUAUCUUGGUUGAACCUACGGAUGAAGAUAAAGUUUGGUCAGAGUUGAUCACUGAGAUGCGAAAACCUCAGGGCAUCUACAUCUUUAUCUCGACCAUGCAGAAAACACUUCUCAAUAUCAUCUGUCUCAGCCUCGAAGCACUCAACUGCUGGGAUGACUUUGAUUCCUAUCAUAGACAACUAGCCGCCCGAACCAACCGCCUCUAUCUAGAGAGGUUCGUGGCGGAUCUACGAAAGCAAGUAUCGAAGAAAGCAGAAAAGGCAUGGAGAAAGGAGAAGCGCCGCCCGGGCCUUUUCUGGUUUGAACGACACCAGGGCGCAAUCUCAGCUAGUAGCAUAUAUCCAUACGAGAAGGAUGAUGUUCUGGACCUGUUCCCGGUUAAAAAGAACCUGGCGACAAAGCUCACGGAAGAGAUCUUUCAGCAUAAACAGGAAGCAGAGGAGAGCCCCACUGGCCCGACGGACAUUUGCGAGGUUAAAUGCAAGCUAAAUCAGCAAGGGCUAGGCGUCUUUGCGAAAAAGGAUAUCAAGAAAGGUGACUUGAUUCACUGGGAAGAGCCCACUAUUCGAGGCCACCUUCCAGCCCGUCGUUUGAACAAAGACAGGACGAAAACGCCAUGCGUGGACGACAUACGAUGCGAAAACUGCAAAAUCGAGGUCGAUGACACGAUCAGAAGACCUUCCGUGGACAAUAAACGCACACACGGUGAUGAUGACGAGGAGGAAGAACCGUAUUGCAGUUGCGCAAAACAUUGGAAUCGAAACCCUUCCGAUAAAAGGGGACUUAUAUUCUGCCCAUCAGGCUCGAAGGAAAAGACGUGUGUGAGCAUUUCAUAUGACUUAUAUCAUUACGAUGGCUGUGGUAGAGACUGGAAGUGGUUGUACGAUACCAUGCGACCGAAUGUUUGGCAAUGGGGACAAAUAGAGCAUAUUUCCCACAGUAACGAGGUGCACGGGACGCUUUUGAGCUUACUUCUAAGAAGCGUGACUGAAAUCACUCUUCUUCGCCGACAAGAUCAUGACGAGCCGGGUCUGGCUCCACAAGAGAUCGACGAACUUUUAAUUAUUAGUCGGAAUAGCCAUUCGUGGCGGGAUAGUUGGUUCCCAUUCACCAUGUCCGCGAACAUCAUUAUCCCAUUCGACAUAGUCUCGUUCCUGGGCGUGAAUAUCUUCCGUGAUCUCACUUUUGACACGUGGGCCUUGCAAACCAUUUUGCGAAAACUACUUGUCAACGCAGUCCCCUGGGACAUGAAACGUCGUGGAGAUGUCCGUGAUGUGGAUCCCAAGGAGGAAGAUAGAAAGCUUGAAAAUCCAGCGGAACAGAAGCGGAGACUCAUGAACGGGUAUACUUUCGAAGAUUGGGACCCUUCUUUUAUGAACUUAUACGUCUUUCCUGGAUUGAACAUGUUUAAUCAUACGUGUGCGGGAAUGCAGAAUGCAGAGUGGGCCUAUGACACGCAAAUUUUGAACAGAGUGAUUGUGUGGGCACAUAAGGAUAUCCGGGCAGGAGAGGAAAUUCGAAUUCGCUAUCAAUGUGAUCAUUUCGGUUCCAAGAAUGACGCCCGGCAGAUCCUGGGCGAUCCUUGUUUGUGCCCCAACAAUGCAGCACAUAAAUACGAAGACGAGAUGGAUUUGGACGAAAAAAGUUCAGAUGAAGAGUCUUCGUGGUCAUCCGACUCGGGUGGUGGUGGUGGAAAUUCAAAUCCUCAGCGCUACGGGGCUGCAGGAGGAAGUUCAGGUACCAAAAUGUCAGGGCUCGAAGUGAGGAAAAGACGGAAAGGCGGCGGAAUGAAAGUAAAAUUUGAGAAGGAAGAAAGAGACUCGGACGAAGAGGACGAGGAUGAACUUCCGGAACGCAAUAAAAGGAAAUACGAGGAGUAUGCCAAAGUCGAAAAGGAUAGAAUUGCAAUCCGACGCUUACUGACACUGAAAGAAGAAGUCGAAAAAAAUGAACGGAAGAAUUUUAUAGCAAGCGGAGCUGGAUCCGCCAGCAUAAAGACACAGGCGAGGAGGAGAGAAGCUUAUGUCCCUAUGGUUCCGAGGAGGCCAGGUGAGGAUAACAAGAAGUGGCUAGCGAAGGAACGAUUGGCUCUCAGGAACGACCGAGAUGCGAACAGGCUUAGAGAACUGGCGGAGGAAAUGGAAGACCAUGAGAUGGUGGAAUAUGUCGAUGUACCACAAGUAGCGAGAAGCCCUGGCGACCCCAUAGAGAUUGUGACAGUCUUGGCUCCAGAGUAUGUUGAGGAAGUGACCCACUGGGAUCGGUUUAAGAAGAAGAAAUAG